CGAGUAAAGGAUCUAGAACGUUCGGCACAUUCCAGAGUUUUGACCAACAAAAAUAUAACAUUCCAGAGUUCCAACCGAUCGCCUCAACAAAACGACUGCUUCGGGAAGCUUAGUACAGCAACGCGGUGACGCCAUCGGAACUUAACAAUGACGGCGCUAACCACAAUCACCACUCAAAUUUAAAACACUUUAACAAAAUUAUCCAAACUGUUCCGUUACUUAACCCCCAAGACUAGCACCACUUCGCUUACUCCGUAAGCCACAAGUCUGCAAAACAUACCUCCCUCCUAUAAAUACGUCCCCUCUAACUUCCCAACUCUCAUUCCAUCCACUUCGAGCAUCAGCAAGAACAACCUUAAAAGUUUCGAAAACACUCACACAAAUCUCAUCCACUUCCAAAUCUUUCCUUUCCAGCUUACUUCUUCGCUUUGCUCCUGCGAGCUGAACCCUAAACCCGAAACCUUAAACCCGUCAGCCAUGAAGAGAAGCAGGCAAGACGAGACCUUAGACUUGGUCAAUUGCCUAAUGCUUUUGUCCAGGGAACCCGAUUCCUCCCCAAUCAAACACGAGAACACGAACAAAGACCGAGUUUUCGUAUGCAAGACGUGUAAUCGGGAGUUUCCCUCGUUCCAGGCCCUCGGAGGCCACAGAGCAAGUCACAAGAAGCCGAAGCUGAUGCCCGGUGGGGCUGCCGACCUUUUACAUUUGGCACAGUCAACGGGGUCGCCGGUUAAGCCCAAGACGCACGAGUGCCCGAUUUGCGGGCUUGAGUUUGCGAUUGGGCAGGCGCUUGGAGGACACAUGAGGAGACAUAGGGAGGUCAUGCAAGCUGCGGCUGUUCGGACUCAGGCGUCACCGCCGAUGCCGGUUUUGAAGAAGUCGAAUAGCAGCAAAAGGGUGUCGUGCUUGAAUCUGGACUUGAAUUUGGAUUUACAUUUGGCACCACCGGGUUAUCACCAAUAUGAUUUGACGAAGCUGCAGUUGAUUUCUUAAUUUGUUACAUGUUUAAUUUAUCUUUUUCUUCCUCCAUUGGCGUUGACAUACAUAUAGUUUUAGUUUUGAUGUAUAUUUAUUCCUAUAGAUCAUAGUCAGAUUUUUAUCUUUUAUUUUCUGAUUCGAUGUUUAUAUUGAAACAUAGAAGAGGUAUUGGAUUUGUUUUCGUGAUCAUUUGGGAACAUAUUUUGUUCUUAAUUUUAUGAGACUUUGUAUUAUAUAUUUCGUAACACUUAUGCUA